AUGCGACUAGGGGUUUCUUCUGGCCUUACUACUAGCAACAAGGACGCUACUAGUAACACGAUGUCUUUCAAUAAUUCGCGCACAGGGCCACUGUCGCAGCGAGGCCGAACCCCGCUGCUGCUAGCAGCUGAUUGCGGGCAGUUGAAUGUCCUGGAAGUCUUGUUGAAGAAUGGUGCUAACCAGGCGGCAACCACAUCUGAAGAGGAUUUUCGUUGGACAGCUUUGCAUCUAGCAGCUCUCAAGGGUCGUGAGAAGAUUGUGGUUGCCUUGCUUGAAGCUGGUGCUGAGAAGGAUUGCCAAGACAGAGGUGGUCAGACAGCUUUAAUGUGGGCAGCUGUGAAUGGCCACGUGGAAGUGGUUCGGCUCUUGUUGGAUGCAGGCGCCGAGAAGGAUUGCCAAGACAGAGAUGGUUUCACGGCUUUAUCAUAUGCAGCUGAAAUUCGCCACGUGGCAAUGGUGCAGCUCUUGUUGAACGCCGGCGCUGACAAGGACUUACAAAGCCAAAGCGGUUGGACCGCUUUAAUGCGGGCAGCUGGCGAAGGCCGCGUGGAAAUGGUGCAGCUCUUGUUGGAUGCCGGUUAUACCGCUUUGCUGUGGGCAGCUGGCAAUGGCCACGUGGAAAUAGUGCAGCUCUUGUUGGAUGCCGGCGCCGACAAGGCCCGCAACUUAGUCGAGGUUGGACCCCUUUGCUGCGGGCAGCUGGGAACGGCGACGUGGAAGUGGCACGUCUCUUGUUGGACGCCGGCGCCAACAAGGAAUUGCAAGAAGAAACUGGUCAGGGUGCUCACAUCGAUGUUGAGAUCAUGUCCACCGUUUUCCGUGAUGCGUGAAGUACGUUAUACCGCUUUGAUGGGGGCAGCUGACAAUGGCCACGUGGAAAUGGUGCAGCUCUUGUUGGACGCCGGCGCCAACAAGGAAAUGAAAGACACAAUUGGUCUCACCGCUUUGCUGUGUGCAGCCGGCAAUGGCCACGUGGCAGUGGCGCAGCUCUUGUUGGAUGCCGGCGCCGACAAGGCGCAGGGAUGGAUGGUGUGA